UUCUAGAAACGCACUGGAGGGCAUCGCAUUACACACCCUCGCACCUCACACCACUCCUCCAUCCACCUUUUUGCCAGCGUGAGAGCUUCUUCUUUCUUGCGAGGGAGAGAGGGUAGCGAGCAACCAGGGAGCUAGGCGUCAAUGGCGACCAUAGCCACGAUGACCAUGCUCAAGCCCGCCAAGAUCACGGCCAGGUCGGCGCCUUCGUCGCCGUCGUCCAGCGCCAAGGUGGCGUCGCCGAGCAUCUCGCUGCGCAGCCUGCAGAAGAACGCGGCCAAGAAGGGAGCCCUGGCCGUGUCGCCGGCGGCCGCGGCCAUGGCGAGCGCCUUCUUCACCUCGCUGGCCUCGUCGGACGCGGCGAUGGCGUCGCAGCGGAUCGCGGACGUGGCGGCGGCGGCCCCCGCGGACGACAACCGGGGCCUGCUCCUGCUCUUCGUGGUGGCGCCCGCGCUCGGGUGGGUGCUCUACAACAUCCUCCAGCCGGCGCUGAACCAGCUCAACAAGAUGCGGUCCGAGAAGGCGCUCGUCGCCGGGCUCGGCAUCGGCGCCGCCGCGGCCGCCGGCCUGGCCGCCGUGCCGGAGCCGGCCUCCGCUGCCGUGCAGGAGCUGGCCGCGCUGGCGGCGGUCGCGCCGGCCGACGACAACCGGGGCCUGCUGCUGCUCUUCGUGGUGGCGCCCGCCCUCGGCUGGGUGCUCUACAACAUCCUGCAGCCGGCGCUGAACCAGCUCAACAAAAUGCGAUCCAACUGAGCGCGCGUACGUCGUCGUCGUGGCAUCGCAUGCGGUCCGGCCGAGUGGGUUCGUAUGUGUGUGUUCGUCUAUUAAGAGUCGUGGUAGUAGCGUGGAACGUGGUGUGAGUGCCCGCUUGCAUACUCUCUAAUCUUGUUCCUUCCAUUGAUCAAAUGCAGUACAGCUCUUCUUGUUUC